AUGGCUUCUCCAUCCAUCACUCUCGACCGCAUCCUUGCGGCAGUCCCAGUCACAAACCGUGGUCAGCCAACUCAGAUCUCGGCCGACUCCAAGGGUCAACGGAUAGCUUAUCCUUGCGGAAAAUCCAUAUUUGUUCGCUCCAUCGACAACCCUUCGGACGCAAAGGAAUACACUGGCCACACCGCCCCUACAACCGUUGCUCGAUUUGCUCCCAAUGGCUUCAAGGUCGCCAGUGGCGACUCAAGCGGAAUGCUGAAGGUGUGGGAGCCCGAGUCUAUCGAGAGUACCAGGGGCGAGUACGGAAUCAUCUCUGGUCGUCUGAACGAUAUUGCCUGGGACGGCGAGUCGCAACGUGUUAUUGCUGUUGGCGAUGGUCGCGAGCAAUUCGGUCGCUGCAUUACAGCUGAUAGCGGCAACUCGGUUGGUGAGAUCAUCGGUCACUCCAAGUCCGUCAAUGCCGUCGCAAUGAAACCUCAACGCCCUUUCCGUGCCGCUACGGUUGGCGACGAUGGCAACAUGGUCUUCUACCAUGGAGCCCCAUACAAGUUCAACAACAAGAGCGCUCAACAUACUGGUUUUGUUCUGGGCGCUGCUUAUUCUCCUGAUGGGAGCUCUUUGGUUACAGUCGGUGCCGACAAGAGGAUACAGCUCUACGAUGGGAAGACGGGUGAGCCCACCAAAGAGAUUGGGCAGGGUGAGCACUCGGGAAGUAUUUUUGCCGUAUCAUGGUCGCCAGAUGGCAAGAAGUUCGUCACCGCUAGUGCUGAUCAAAGUGUAAAGCUUUGGGAUGUCGAUGCAGGCAGCGUCAUCCAAACUUGGAAGUUUGGAGAGGAUGUCAGCGUGGGUGACCAGCAAGUUGGUGUUGUAUUUGUUCCCGGCCGCAGUGACGGCCUCAUCAUUAGCCUCAGCCUUGCAGGCAACCUCGCGUACUUGACUGAGGGCAAGCCGGAACCUGUCCGCGUUGUAUAUGGUCACGGAAAGAGCAUAACCGCUUUGUCAACUGGAUCUGACGGCAAGGGUGCCGACCUCUGGACUGGCAGCUUUGACGGCCGGGUAUGUCACUGGGACGUUAAUUCGGGGAUUGCUACGGUUGUCGAUGGCCAAGCACAUACAAACCAGGUCGCUCAGUUUGCCACUGCCGAUGGCAAGGUACUCAGUGCUGGAUGGGAUGAUACUCUCAGAAUUGUUGACGAGCCGGCCAAGACCUUCUUGGGUACUUCCAUCAAGCUACAGGCACAACCUAAAGGUGUAAGUGCGGCGAACGGACUUGUCUAUGCCGCGACUUAUUCCGGUGUCUCCGUGUACUCUGGCGAAAAGCUGGUCAGCGAGCAGUCUUUUGACUUUACCCCUGGUGCUAUUGCCGCAUCCGGGUCGUUCGUUGCCAUCGGAGCCAACGAUAACUGCGUCCGUAUUUACAACGCCAGUUCAAAUGGUAAGCUCGAAGAAGUCAAGUCGCUGAGUAACCCAACUGGCACUAUCUCUGCGCUUGCUUUUUCCAAGGGAGGCUCGCAUCUAGCCGCUGGAAACAGUGUCGGAAAGAUCUAUGUUUACAGCACUGGGAGCUGGGAAUUGGUCGCAGACCGAUGGUCUGCUCACACUGCUCGAGUAACAGCUAUUGCCUGGGACGACACAGGCGCCUACGCUGCUAGUGGUAGCCUUGAUACAAACGUCUUUAUCUGGUGUCUUGAAAAGAGGAACCAGGGUAAGCGAAUCAAGGCUGCUAACGCUCACAAGGACGGCGUCAAUGGGGUUGCCUGGGUCGAAGGUGGCAGAGUUGCUAGUGCUGGAGGGGAUGCCAAUGUAAAGAUCUGGAAGGUUCAGAAUUUGCCCUGA